CACAGUACUACUAAGUACUAACAAGUAGAGCAAGAGCACCGAAGAGUACUUAGCGAUCUCCGUGAAUACAUAGUAACACAAUAAACCACCUCCGCGCGAGCCACCCUACCCAGUGAACCCUACCGCACCGAAACAAAACCCUCGCAAACCCUAACCCUAAUCUCAUAGGAACAUGGACGGCGACGACGAGACCUCGGGUCCGAUGAUCGACGAAAUCUACGCCAACGGCGGUGGCGUCGGCGACGACGGAGACAAGCGGAGCCGCCGCGCAAUCAUGAGCGGCGACCAGCUCGACAUCGAGGCGUACGCGGCGCUAUACUCGGGGCGCACGAAGAUCAUGAGGCUCCUCUUCUUCGCCGACAAGAUGAACAACGCGGCGACGCAGCUCGAGGCGCUGCGCAUGGCCUACGACGAGAUUAAGAAGGGAGAGAACACGCAGCUGUUCAGGGAGGUCGUGCAGAAGAUCGACGGGAGGCUGGGCCCGAACUACGACAUGGACGCGGCAUGGUGCGACACCGUGGAUCGGAGAGCUGAGCAGAAGAAGGAGAAGCUCGAGAACGAACUCAAUGCCUAUAGGACAAACUUGAUUAAGGAAAGCAUUAGGAUGGGAUUCAAUGAUUUUGGAGACUUUUACUAUGCUCAUGGUCAAUUGGGGGACGCUUUUAAAAGUUAUGUCCGUACUCGGGAUUAUUGCACUACAUCAAAGCACAUUAUUCAUAUGUGUAUGAGUGCAAUUCUGGUCAGCAUUGAGAUGGGUCAAUUUUCUCAUGUUACAAGCUAUGUUAGCAAGGCAGAACAGGCACCAGAUGCCCCUGAAGCAGUAACAGUUGCAAAGCUACGAUGUGCUGCAGGAUUGGCUAAUCUAGAGGCCAAAAAGUACAAGCUUGCUGCCCGAAAGUUUCUAGAAACAGGACCUGAACUGGGAAGUCACUAUAAUGACGUAAUUGCAUCUCAAGAUGUUGCAACAUAUGGAGGACUUUGUGCACUUGCAACAUUUGAUCGGGCAGAGUUAAAGAGCAAAGUUAUAGACAAUUCCAACUUCCGCAAUUUCUUAGAGUUAGUACCUGAAGUAAGGGAACUGAUAAAUGAUUUUUACUCAAGUCACUAUGCUUCAUGUCUGGAAUACCUCGGGAACCUCAAAGCAAACCUAUUGCUUGAUAUACAUUUGCAUGACCAUGUUGAGACACUUUAUGAUCAAAUUCGUCACAAAGCCCUUAUCCAGUACACACACCCAUUUGUGUCUGUUGAUUUGAACAUGAUGGCUAAUGCAUUCAAGACAACUGUUGCUGGACUUGAGAAAGAACUAGAAGCACUGAUUACUGAUAAUCAGAUACAGGCUCGAAUUGAUUCGCACAACAAAAUUUUGUAUGCGCGGCAUGCAGAUCAAAGGAAUGCCACCUUUCAAAGGGUUCUGGAAACUGGAAGGGAAUUUGAUCGUGAUGUUCGUUCCAUGUUACUGAGAUCAAAUCUUAUCAAGCAUGAGUUCAAUCUUAGAGCAUUACGGAAACUUUGAUUAUGAACUGAUGAUAAUGGGACCAAGUUGCUAUUUUAUUUAUAGCAGGCAUUGAUCAACUAUAACGAAGCAAGUUUCUGGAGUGAAUCAAGGUUGCAAACGUACUUUGUGCAAACAUUUAACGGCAUAUUAUGGUUUCUUUUGUAUAUACUCUUUCAUAAUUUCUCAAUUAAUUCGUCACAAGAUCUUCAUUUCCUGUUUUUAACCUGCACCUCAUUUUUGGUAACUCCGUUGCGUAAGACUUGAGUGUUGAUGAAAACAUUCUCAUGAUCUGUCUUAAGAAUUCUUUGUUCUGGUAAAAA